ACGUAUCGUUAUAAACGGAAUACGUUACCUACUUUUCGUGAUUGGUUCCUAAAUUUGAUCUAACAAAAGAUUCUUCUUCUUCUUCUUCUUCUAACCUAAAAAGCUCAAUAAUAAUAAUAAUCUCUGUUUGGGAAUAAUUUAGAUCCGAAGAAUGGGAAACGCUCUAAGAUCCUUGUAUGUUAAUUGCUGCAAACCUUCAGCAGACUCUGAUUCCCUCACCCAUCAUCCUGGCGUUUCCGCUUUAGCACACGAUCUCUACAACUUUGAAAUCAACUCACAGGUUCCUCAAGGACUAAGUACGCAUGUUGUAUCAUCCAAGAAGGCGCAAUCUAACUGGUAUAAGAAACUUUCGGAUGCGUGGAGAGAAACAAAGCCUCCUCCUAAAACACCCGAAGAAGCUUCAAGGUUUGUCAUUCAGACCUUGAAGAGACAUCAAAAAGCAGAUGUUGAGGGGUUACUGGCUUUCUAUGGUCUUCCUCUUCCUCACUCCUUAGUAGAACUAACUAGUGAUGGCACUCCUCCAUCACACCAACAAGGACUCAAGUUUGAAUUGCGUACUCUCCCUGUGGAUGCAAAGGCUGUGGCAGACGGAGAUACAGUAACUGUAUAUGUUAGUACAACAGAUCCUAGAGAGGCAGCAUGUCUCCCAAGAGACGUGCAAAAUGCAGCUAUUCAAAGAUCAAAGGCACGGGCUCAGAAAAAUUAUGCAAAAGCAGAUCAACUGCACAAGCAGAUCAUAGAUUCAGGAUAUAGGUCAAUACCAGUGAACCAUGAGGAAGUUCUUGCUCGAAAAUAUAGAAUCAGACUAAGGGGGAUAGAUGCACCAGAAAGUGCAAUGCCAUAUGGUAAAGAGGCCAAGGAAGAACUGACUAAAGUUCUCCAGGGUAAGAGUUUAAGGGUCUUAGUUUUUGAUGAAGAUCGUUAUGGCCGCUGUGUAGGGGAUAUAUACUGCAAUGGCAUAUUUGCACAGGAAGUGAUGUUAAAGAAGGGCUUGGCCUGGCACUAUACUGCGUAUGACAAGCGUCCAGAGUUAGAUAAGUGGGAGAAAGAAGCUCGAGCAAAACGAAUUGGCCUGUGGGCAUCCAGAAAUCCUGAAAUGCCAUGGGAGUGGAGGAAACUGAAACGCGAAAACCAACGUUCAUGAAUAACUAAUUCAACAGAGAGUUGCCCUAAAACAUUAAAGGCACAAGGAAGUCACAGUAAUGUUGUAUUCAAUUGUCAAAUUGUGUUAAUAUAGAGGAGUUGCAAUGAAGAAGCUACAUCUCCUAAUAAUUUAAAACCAAGGAAGCCAAAUUUAGUGUGUACUUGGGCAUCCUUGUUGUAUAUUGUAUAUCUAUUUCUCAGGUGCUUCUAUAUCUAUAACCAUCAAAACGUUUUCCUCUU